AGCAUCUUCUCGUGACAAUGAAGGCUACUGUGAAGUAUACAUUAUUAAUCAUUUUAGGUGUAGAAAUCAUUAUAGGGUGUUUAGGAAAUGGAUUCAUAGCUGUGGUGAACAUUAUGGAAUGGGCCAAGAGAAGAAAGAUCUCUUUAGUGGACCAGAUAGUCACUGCUUUGGCCAUCUCCAGACUUGUUUUUUUAUGGUCACUACUCACAGUUUUAUCCUUAUCUGAGCUCUACUCACCAUUGAUGACAACAAGAAAAUCGUUGAGAAUAAUUAAUAAUUUCUGGAUAGUGACCCAUCAUUUCAGCAUUUGGCUUGCUACAUGUCUCAGCAUCUUUUAUUUUCUCAAGAUAGCUAAUUUUUCAAAUUCUAUUUUUCUUUCUCUAAGGUGGAGGGUAAAAACCGUGGUUUCAGUAACACUACUGGUGUCUCUUCUCUUCUUGUUUGUAAAUGUUUUAGUCAUAAACACAUGUGUUGUUUUUUUGAUUGAUGGAUAUCAAGUAAAUAUGUCUUACAGUUCUCAUUCAAAUAACAAUCUACAGAUUUCUCGGAUGACUCUACUCACCAACACUAUGUUCACAUUCAUACCCUUCAUUGUGACUCUGACAAUUUUUCUCCUGCUCAUCUUCUCCUUGUGGAGACAUCUGAAGAAUAUGCAGCACAAUGCCAAGGGCCCCAGAGACCCCAGUACCACAGCCCACCUUAAGGCCCUGCAAAUGGUGGUCACCUUUCUCUUACUAUACACUAUUUUCUUUCUGGCGCUUGUCAUGAAAUCUUGGAAAACUAAGAUUCAGCUGAACACUGUGUUCAAUUUUGUUUUUGAAGCUAUAGCACUUGCUUUUCCUUCAGGCCAUUCCUGUGUCCUAAUUCUGGGAAAUUCUAAGCUAAGACAGGCUUUUCUGUCUAUAAUAUGGUGGCUGAAUUCCAGUUUGAAUGCUGCAGAACUUCCAGGUCCUUACACCAGAUAGUGUAUUGACUUCCAUUGU